AAUGGAAGAUGUCUUUGUCAAAUCAAAUGUUUAAAUGUGACUGUAUAAAAACAAAUAAUUUGACAAAAGAUGAACUAAAUCGAAUAACUGACGAUGUAAAUAAAGCUUUAAUUGAUCCAAAAGGCAAUGAACUUUUUGAAAGCUAUCUUUCUCAAUUCAAGUUUUUGGAUGGUUUAGUAAGUUUGAGGUUGUACAACACCUGUUCAGAGAUCCUGAAUGAAAAGCAGAAUAGAUCGAGUCAAAGCAAUUUAUCGGAAGAAUCAUUGGAAUUACUUAUUACUAAAGUAAAAAUGAUAAAGAAGACUAUCGAAGAAGAAGAUAUAACUGCAAUAGAUUUUCAUAUUAUGACAGACUUGAACAAAGCUUUGGAGGCAAAAAACAAAGAAAAAUUACUCGGUGUAUUAGAAAGGAUCAAAGAAGAAUGUCAAAAUAGUCUACGAGAUUUGCACCAAAAUUUUAGAUGUUACGUCUUGAAAAAAUAACAUUUGAAAUUUUUUAAAAAUAUUAGUUGUGCAUUACGAAG